AUGUCAACAACAGAGAACACAACAACUGCUAUCGUUCAUGAAGCCAUAAGUGAAGAAUACGAGUGGGUUCAGUAUAACAAACAGUUACGUCUCAUUCGUUCGGUCAAAGAUGACAUGUACCAAAUGCAAAGUAUUUUGAAUGCUCUUCGUUCUACAAAGCAAGCACAUCAUUGGUUUGAAAACCAACAGACAAAAGAACUUUUAGAAGAAUUUCCUCAUAUGUUUGCGACCCGCGGAAAACCGCGGGUCGAGAUUCCGUACGAAAAUCGUCAAAAUUUGCCAAAUGGUUUGAGAGGUUGGUAUGUACAUAGACUUCUUGUAAAUGCUGUUGCAAUGUGGGCUUCACCUCGCUAUGCUUGUUAUAUUUUCAUGAUGUUAGAUGAAAUUCAUAGACAAGAACGUGAAGAGCUAGAGAACAAGCUUGAAGCAAAAGACAAAAACAUACAGAAAAGAAUACCACGUUCGGUACCAAAAGGAAAGGAAAAGAACUAUAAGUAUAUGAUUUACACUGAAGAGAUGGAAAAUGAAGAAGACAGAGAUAUG